AUGGUCACCAUGACUUCCACCAGCCAGCUGCUGGGUCUGCCUGAGGUGGAGCUGAGGUGCGACCACGAGAUUGAGAGGAGAUAUGAGAUUGUGCCCUCAGUGGUUUGCUCCAUGUGCUGCCUCUUUGGAAUCAUCUACUGCUUCUUUGGCUAUCGAUGCUUCAAGGCUGUGCUGUUUCUCACAGGCCUGAUGUUUGGCUCCGUGGUCAUCUUCAUGCUGUGCUACAAAGAGAGGGUGAUGGACACCCAGCUGAGUGUAGAGGCCUCUGUGGGCAUUGGCCUCGGCAUUGGAACUCUGUGUGGCCUUGUGACCAUGUUGGUCCGCAGUGUGGGACUGUUUAUGGUGGGCCUGCUGCUGGGCUUGCUGGUCGGAGUAGCAUCACUAGUGGUCAUGGAGGAAUUUUAUCACCCCAAAACAGUGUGGGUACCCCUGGGUAUUCUUCUGGGCUCUGGAACCCUAUUCGCUGUCCUGACUCUUCAGUGGCAGCGCUGCUUCGUCACGUUCUCCACGGCCACGUUUGGCUCCGCCAUCAUCACUGUCACAGUGGAUUAUUUUAUAGAGCUGUUUGCCUUGGUGCACUACAUCUACGAGAGACUCAAGGUGGCACCAAAGAAGCCGGUGUGCUGGUUUACGUGGGUCAUUUUGGGGGUCUGGCCUGUACUGACCCUUCUUGGUGUGCUGAUUCAAUGGAAAGUCACUGCAGAAGGAUUUUCUCACACAGAAGUUGUUCUGAGCCGACAGCAGCGGAGGGUCCAGCUCAUGCGGAUCAAACAAAGGGAAGAGAGGCUGAAAAAGGAGAAAGAGACCAAAAAGAAGAAAAAGCGACAGAACCAGAAGACUGUCCUGAAGCAAAAGGCUCCCUCUCAUCACCACCACCACCAGCAGUACCACCAUCCAGCAGCAUCCCACCCCCAUCACCAAACUCAAAGCUCUCAGCCACCUAAACUCCCCCCUACUCAGACGGACCCGGGCUACCACCGCAAACCCAAUCCAAAAAGACGCUACGAUGGAGAUGUGCUGUCUCCGAGCUACAUCAGGAGUUUCAGGGACAGACAGACUGACAGAAGAGCGUACUCCCACAGUCGAAUGAGCCGCUCUCGAAUGGCCGAACUGGACUACGACUGCGGCUCUCAAGUGCCCCUCACAGCUCCCAUUGGGCCAGCAGUUCGCAUCUGAGGCAGCAAAUUGCACAAAUCUCAAGAAAAGCACACAAUCACAGGCUACUUCAAAACUCCUGGUCGCCACGAGGGAUAUUAAGUCUAAUCUUGCCGUGCCAACCUAAUCCACUGCCUGUUAACCCAACAGGAGCUCAUUAUGUCCCAGUGGUGGCAUGAACCUCGCCGCUCCGCUUUCCUCCCAACUGCUGAAAGCUGUAUUUAUUUGGUCACUUUGCUCCCACGGUAUUCUUUUUUGACAAAGAACACAGACUUCUGUUUUGGAAGGAGCAAAAUGUUAUUGGUCAUCGAAUAUUUUAUUUUUCUCUCAAGUAAUUGUACUUCCCUUGAUGACACUGUUUUAUGUGUAAUUAAGACAACCGUUAUAGCCAUAUGAAAAAACUCUCAGAUGCAAAGGGUGUGAAGGGAAAAAAACUAAACACUGCUCUGCACAGGUUUACUACACAAUUUCAGAUAAAGGGAUACAACAUGUCUUUCACCAGGUCCGGUGGUGCAACUUUUUAACUUCACUUUCAGCAGUAUCCACACGUGGUAAUUUCAAGAAUUCAGAUAAAAUCAUUCCAAGGAAAGUUUCAGACAAACUAUGUAAGUUGCAGAACCAACUCAGAGACUCAAGGGCAGCUCUUCCUCUUAUUUUUUUCCAUUAAAAGGUUACUGAAUGAAGUGUUGACCAAGUCAGCAUUUUGUGCUCACAUGAUUUGUGCUGUUUAAAAAAAAACAGGGGCCAUUGUCUUGUGAGAAUCAGAUUUGACAGUUCAAACCAAAUGUUUUAUGUCAAUCCUCACAUUGUUUAUUGUCCCUAUCUGCACUGUUGCCAUUCUCCAGGAAGUGGUUUUCCGUCAUUUACUGAUUUCCACCUGUCCCUACAAAAUAUCUGAGCCGGAUACACUCAAUCCUCUUUCCACUAAAUUUGAAAAGAUUUGUAAGCUGUGUAACGCCAUGUGUUGACAUCUUUCUAAGUGGUCUACUUUCCCUUGUCUGCCUGUUUUCUCCAAAACAAAUUAGUAUGAGGGAUUUGACAAAUUGUUCUGUCUAAUUGUGAUCAUCCAGGAUUUAGCCCAGUGGCAGAUGGACUGUACCAAAAAUUAGCCAAGGAGGGGGGGGGUUCUUUAAAAAGAUGAGGCGUACUCUGUAUUUUCCCUUCCCUUUUUUCUUUUAGGGAGUGAUUGAAAAGAGUUAUUUUUUAGGUUUGUUUGACAUGAUGACAAGAUACAGGAAGGUAGGAAGUUACAAAAUGAAGAUUAUUUUGGGGGGAAAAAUGAAGUGAAAAUAUGUAAACAAUUGCAAAUGGCGCCCUCAGAUGUCUACUGCUGGAACUGUCUUCUGGACCUUCUGUGCAUGUAUGUUCAUAGGCACAUGCACAUGUUUAUGCCUUUAAAAGUGAAAUGCAUUGCUUGCAUUAAUGUUGUACAGGAAAGUUAUUCUGAUCAGCAGGUAUAAACUGUAGAUAUUCCAUGAGAAAACCAAUAGUCAGUGUAACUCAUGCUCAGAACUGGUCCUUGAGCGCUGUUCUUAUUAAAGGUCUGCUGAUGGUGCAUUGAUGUAAAUGAGAUGUGUUUAAGCAGGGAAACACCUCAUACCUGCAGGACAGCGGCCCUGGAGGACUGGAUUUGGACAUCCCAGGGUU